ACCCUCGACCCCCUGUAACGUCAGGCAGCGCCCUCUGUAUCCCUGAUCAAAACAAGAACGACUUGGCUAGAGGACUCUGACUUCGAUGCAGGGCAGGCUGGGGUGGGGUUUUGAACUGAACAGUUGGGAGUAGUGUUUUCAGAGAGGCAGAACGACACGGAUUUCUUUGUAGUCAGUCAGCUUAAGGUCUGAGCCUCAACUUUGAAACGUACUAGCCUGGGUUACCUUGGGUAAGUUCCUUAACCUCUCUGAGCCUCCGUUUUCUCUCCCUUUUAAUAGGGAUAACAGUGGAACCGACAACCUGCCCCAAAGAAAUUACUGAUUAUGAUGCAGGUAAACUGCUGAGGACAGCAUUUGGCAUAGUAAACAUCAUAAAUGUUAAUUAUUGUUGCUGUAACCAUUUCAGAAGACGUGGUGAUCAGAUCCUUCUGGACACUAAUGGAUUAAGUACAGUCCCAUUUGUCACCAUGUCCUCUCAUAAGACUUUCGGAAUCAAGCGGUUUUUAGCCAAGAAACAAAAACAAAAUCGUCCCAUUCCCCAGUGGAUUCGAAUGAAAACUGGUAAUAAAAUCAGGUACAACUCGAAGAGGAGACACUGGAGAAGAACCAAGCGGGGUCUAUAAGGAAUUGCACUUGAGACGGCAGGUACCUAUGCUGUAUCACGGUCACUAUCAUCAUCUUACCAUAUCAAGCUGAACAUGUCAUCAGUUGGACAGUUGCCACACAUCAUUGGGAAAAUAAGUUUUCUCUUCGUUUAUGUGCUGUUCCCUAAUAAGCUGGUGCAGUAAUAAAUAUGUGAGACCUUGAAAAAAAAAAACUUUUCUAUGGCUCGGCACCUGUGGCUCAAGCAGCUAAGGCGCCAGCCACAUACACCUGAGCUGGUGGGUUCAAAUCCAGCCCGGACCCGCCAAACAACAAUGAUGGCUGCAACCAAAAAAUAGCUGGGCGUUGUGGCAGGCACCUGUAGUCCUAGCUACUUGGGAGGCAGAGGCAGGAGAAUCGCUUGAGCCCAGGAGUUGGAGGUUGCUGUGAGCUGUGAUGCCAUGGCACUCUACCCAGGGCGACAGC